AUGACUUCCAAAUUCGUUCUCUUGGUUCUUCUUGGUGUUCUUCUUUGCACCACCACUGCGAGAAAGCUAGUUGGCACUGAUGGUUCUUUCAAUGAUGAAAAAUUCUUAUUUGAUCACUGGAAUUUAGGAGGCGGCGGUGGCGGCGGAGGUGGUGGUGGAGGUGGAGGAAUAGGGGGUGGUUCUGGUUUUGGAGAAGGAUUUGGUGGUGGGUUUGGAGGUGGUGCUCAAGGAGGAGGAGGAGGUUUUGGGGGUGGAGGUGGUGGUGGAGGUGGGUUAGGCGGAGGAUUUGGUAGUGGAUUUGGAUUUGGUGCAGGGUAUGGUGGUGGAAUAGGAGGUUGA